AUGGUGUUCAUCAACGGCUUCAGCUUCACGGAAGCGACGCUCGUAAAGCGGUCCCUCGAAUCUUUCUUCGGCAUCGGGCCCUCGGUCUCGCAGCGCAUUAUGGCGAAAUUCUACAUCCACCCGUGGGCGAAGGUCGGCAGCUUGAAAAACGCCACCGUCAUGGAUCUGACCGCGGAACUGGCCAACAUGAAGAUUGAGAACGAUUUACGGCGGCAAGUGCAGGACGACAUCCGGAGAUUGAGGGAUAUGGGCACAUAUCGUGGAAGGAGACACGCUAUGGGCUUGCCCGUGAGGGGCCAGAAGACAAGGACACAGGUAGGUUUGGCCCUAGGAGAGUGGCUGUGGUCUUGGUGGGUCAAUGGGCUAACAAUCGCAGAUUGCUACUGCGCGACGAUUGAACAAGAUGGAGCGAGGCGGUAG